GGGAGGGGGUGCGAUGGCUCGAGAGGGAACUUGGGGCUCGCCUAAAGGAUCGGCGGGCGCGAGUGCGGCAGAAAAGCCGGAGCUGGGACCGGCAAUGGGGCGUUGAUCCUUCUCACGUGUCACAGACCCUCAUCAGUCCCGUUGAAGCCAACUUUGAACACUCUGUAACUUUGGACCCUAGGGGAACCUGAACUGGAUGCCAUGGAAGGACGUGCCGGCUCGCGGAAGCGCCUUUUGGAUUCCGAGGGGGAGGAGACCGCCCCGGAGCCCCAGACCCCUCUGUUAGACCGUCAAGGCUCCCAUUGGAAGAACGCGGUGGGCUUCUGGCUGCUGGGCCUUUGCAACAACUUCUCUUAUGUGGUGAUGCUAAGUGCUGCCCAUGACAUCCUUAGCCAGGAAAGGGCCCCUGGGAAUCAGAGCCACGUGCACCCAAGCCCAGCACCCAUUCCCCACAAUAGCUCAUCUCGGUUUGACUGCAACCCUGUCUCCACAGCUGCGGUGCUCCUGGCAGACAUCCUUCCCACCUUCAUCAUCAAAUUAGUGGCUCCUCUUGGCCUUCAUCUGCUGCCUUACAGCCCUCGAGUUCUCGUGAGUGGGCUUUCUGCUGCCGGGAGCUUCAUCCUGGUUGCUUUUUCUCAUUCAGUGGGGACCAGCUUGUGUGGUGUAGUCUUGGCUAGCAUCUCCUCAGGCCUGGGGGAGGUCACCUUCCUCUCACUUACCGCCUUCUAUCCCAGGGCAGUGAUCUCCUGGUGGUCGUCGGGUACUGGGGGCGCAGGGCUGCUGGGGGCACUGUCCUAUCUGGGCCUCACGGAGGUUGGCCUCUCCCCCCAACACACCCUGCUGUCCAUGCUGGGUAUUCCCAUCCUGCUGCUGGCCAGCUAUUUCUUACUGCUCACAUCUCCUGAGCCCCAGGACCCUGGAGGGCAAGAAGAGGCAGAGACAGCAGCUCGGCAGCCCCUGAUAGGCACCGAGGCCCCAGAGUUGAAGACAGGCUCCAGCUCAGGCCUCUCCCUUCAGGAAAGGUGGACUGUGUUCAAGAGCCUGCUGAAAUACGUCGUCCCCUUGGUCCUGGUUUACUUUGCUGAAUAUUUCAUCAACCAGGGACUUUUCGAGCUCCUCUUUUUCCGGAACAUAUCCCUGAGUCACGCUCAGCAGUACCGCUGGUACCAGAUGCUGUACCAGGCUGGUGUCUUUGUCUCCCGCUCUUCUCUCUCCUGCUGUCGCAUCCCUUACGUCUGGGCCCUGGCAGUGCUGCAGUGCCUCAACCUGGCCUUCCUGCUGGCGGAUAUGUGGUUCAGCUUUCUACCGAGCAUCUACCUCGUUUUCCUGAUCAUUCUGUUUGAGGGGCUCCUAGGGGGUGCAGCCUACGUGAACACCUUCCACAACAUUGCCCUGGAGACCAGUGAUGAGCACCGGGAAUUUGCCAUGGAAGCUGCCUGUAUCUCCGACACCUUGGGGAUCUCCCUGUCGGGGCUCUUGGCCUUGCCUCUACACAACUUCCUCUGCCAUCUCUCUUGAUACUCUGGCUCCUCAGGGUGCAGGAAAUGCUGGCCUGUGGGCAGGUGGGCAGGUCAGACACCCAGUUCCACCCACAGCCCAUCUGUGAGCUCUGCUCCCAGCUUUCCCUGCAGACUGGGGGUGGGGCAGUACUAAGACCUGAUUCCCGUAAGCAGGGGCAGCCAUUAUCUCCCACUCCCAAGCUGGUCUCGGGGAGUUUCUUCCUGGCAUCAUGCCCACUGAGUAAAUGCCUAUUUUAUCAAUUGA